CAAAUUUCUCUUAAUAACAGGGCAGACAUUUUUCCGCUGGCUAUCAUGUGUUUGGUCAUGUGACCUCUUCUUACGAUGCCAAGUACUCACAGAUGACGUAUGGCGACCACUAUCGAAAGAAACUUGUGGAGGACAUAGAAAACCAGCGCGAACAUUUAGAGCAGAUUAUGAGGGAGCAAAAACGCCUGGCGGAGGCUAAGAGAGUGUCCGCCUUGAAAGCAGCUAAAACGAGCCCGCGGUACGAUCUAAAUGAGCUGCGGCACCACCAAAGAAGAUGCGCAGCGCUUCUCUUCGGAGCUCGUAAGGAAGGAGCACAUCAAGUUCCACUAUUGGUCCGGUGGGCGCCUCGGCGUCGAGAGAGUUACUACCUGAUGAGUGAGCGCCUUUACAAUGAUCGCCUCUUGAUGAAGCUUCGCGAGCAAGAAGAAGAAGAAAAAAGAGGAAUGCUGGCGAGUCCACUGAACUUCGACUUCGUCGACAAACUGGUGGACACGAGUCACCUUUACGAUUUCCAGAAACUCGUCCAAAAGACUUCAAAGCACUUAAAAGGAAUGCAAUUCGAUACCCAAUUCAAUGAUAAUAUUUAUACGUUCAGUGAGGUUGACAGGAAGAGAUUUGAAAGCGAAGAGGGAAGGGUGCUUCUUACGCCUGACCCUGGUGAUGGUGGUAAGGGAGGCUCUCAUCCAGAUUCCAGCUUCCACAAGCAGCAGGUCAAGUUUAGCGAUGAGACCAGUGAGCAGAGCAGCGGAGAGUCUGGACAGACUUCCCAUAGUAGUGAGAACGAGGAAGCGAGAAAAUCCAACCUAAAAAAGACAGAUAGUACUCUCGAACUGGGUGAUAUAGACGUAGGUUUGAGUGUUAGUGGCAAAGGUAGAGUACCUAGUGACCUGCCUGACGGAGUUCAAGUUGACGACGAAAACCUUCAAGGACUGCUCUCCUCUCUUUCAGUGCAGAAUGAGGUCUCGACUGACGAGGGUCGCUCUAGAGCUCGAAAGCCAAGGAGAAGAAGCGUAAAGCUAGACUAUGACGGUGACCACUCUGGAAUGGACCCCCAGUGGUCCAGAGAUCUCACGGACAGGUCAUCACAAGAUGGAGAUUAUGAUUAUUAUUAUUAUGGAAGCGAAGAAGGAGACGAGCUUUCGCAAAUGGGAGGUUCCCACAACAACAAGUACUGCAAACACCCCGGUACAAGCCUCAAAAACAAGGCUCGAGAUUAUUACAAACGACUCCCGCGACUCUUAAAGACGUCCGAACUGAGAGAGAAGGCAGCUAAACUCAAAAUCAAGCCCAAGAAGGAGAGGCCGUCAGGUCCGUAUGCAGACCAUAAGUGCAUGGAUCCGCACAGGACGGCGUACGAGCGCGCAUUGGCACUAGUCCGUGGCAGGGGGCUUCCGGCCGACACCAAAGGGCUGUACAAUAAGACGUCCCGUAGGAAAUUCUCCUAUUUCCCAGGUCUUGGGGACAAUGUGGUGAAAGGUCGACAAGGAAAAUCCAAGAAGGUAUCCAAGUUAGAGUCCAAGUCGACUGGCCGAGCAAUGAUUUUCGGUAGUGUGGACAUGAAUGAUUUUUACCGCGAAGAGGAUGAACUUAUUUAUUACAUUAAACGCGACAAACUGAGGACCGUCGUGGAGUCAUCCGCAAGCGAGUAUGAAGUUGAUGACGUCAUCAACAAGGAUAAUGGUGAUGAGGGAGGAAGGGACAUUCGAAUGGUAACUACGGCAACCGGAUCAGGAUCAUACACUUUACAAAUUCAGUCAUCGCUAGCUGAGACAGAUAACGAGUCCCAGCAGUCUUGAUCCAAUUAUUUCCAUGUUUUCCAACUCCCCGUAGAGAAUCUUUGUAGUAUUUUUGUAUGACAAAAUGGUCACAAUUUUCAGGAAUAAAGAUUUUUAUUUACAGGCAA